GAUAGCCAGGGGUCCCCACAUCUGGAUGUAAAAUGCCACAUUGAAGGUGUAUAUAAAUCUAUAUUAAUUAUGCCACUUCCUACACUGCAGAACUUAAAAAAAUGUACUUGGAGUUUUGUAGUUUCCUCAAGUUUAGCUUGGGUGACAGUUCAUGGAUUUUGGAGCAAAAUCAUCUUCUGGCCCUCAUAAUUUCAAGAAAUGGUGAGAUUCGGGAAAUAUUUCUAGAAAUGCCCCCGUUUAUGUAUGUGUAAAAGAGAGGGGUCUUGUGGGAAGCCAUGUCAUUACAUGCUUCUCGGUCAAUGAAAGAGUGAACAGAGAGUGUGAUGAGGGAAGAUAGUAGUUGGAUGACUUGUGGGUUGACGGAGGAGAGAUAGAAAAAGGAGCAGUGUGACGAAAUCGAAAGCUUCACUGGAAGAGCAUUAUGUUGGAAGAAUCCUGACCAAACUGAUAUAAAAGAAGAAGAACAGUAUGGAUAAUAACCCAACUGUACAUCAGAAAAUGGUCACCACAUCAGAGGAACAGUCUCAACCAAAUCCAGAGGGCUGCUACAAGAACCGCAGGCUCCUAUUGGUUGUUUUGUCCUUUUCUCUCUUUGCAGCUGCGUUAGGUUUGGGGGUCUAUUCCCACCUGCAAAAGACUGCAGACCCCUGGAUGUCACAGCGGAAAUCAAGUACAAACCUAGCAACAAUGAACUACAGUAGAACUUAUGGUAGAGUUUUAACAGUUUUAACAUUUUUCUGCUGCCCCUGUGACUACUUCCUGUUUGCCUGUGGGACAGGUGGAUCUUCCACCAGUAAUCUAGGACACAGAGUCAAGCUGAUCUCCAAUGAAGAGAAUGAAGAACUGGACACAAAAAGGGAAGUGAGGAUGAGAAGAGAGACAGAUGUUCAAGGAAAAAGUGAUGCACAGCUAGUCAAAUUUCCAGACAGAAAGACUGCUUUAGUGAAAACUAUUAAGGAAAUAUUAGAGGCUCCUGAGGAGGGUGCUUCUAUAAGUGCAGCAGAACAGAAAGCAAAGAAAUACUUCAAGACCUGCACGGAUGCAGAAUCCCCAGAGAAAGUGGGUUCAAAACCCUUCCUCACACUCCUCCAGCAGUUAGGUGGUUGGCCAGUAUCCAACGGAUGGAGUCAGACAGAUUUUAACACCACCCUCGCCCUGCUAAUGAGCCAGUACUCCACAUUUCCUUUCUUCAGUGUGUAUGUAGUGUCAGAGCCCGGUGAAGAGCAAAUGGCUUCUGAUCAACACUACAUAAAGAUUGAUGAGCCUCAUUUUCAGUUCCCUAUUGAUUGGAACAGCAAGACACAAAAAUCCAAAGCAAGUUCUCAGUAUUUGCGUCCAUUCUACAUGUCGUGUUGUCAGUACUUGGAACUCUUGGGCGUUCCCUCCAAUGAAACCACUCAGCACUGCGGUCUUUAUGUAUCUCUAGCCACAACUUUGGCUCUGGCCAUGACACCUGUCCACUACCGCUUCAGUCAGGAGUUACUCUACAACAGAUAUACCAUCCAAGAGUUACAGACUCUGGCUCCAGCCAUUGAUUGGCUUGCUUGCCUACAAGCCAUAUUUCAGCCUCUUCCUAUCAGCCAAUCAGAUCUCGUUUUAGUCAAUCUCCCGUAUAUUAUCCACAUGUCCCAAACAAUCAGUAAAUGGCAAAUCCUGCAUGAGAUGAUGGGCACGGGUCCACUUCAUACAUACAUGAUCUUUAGUCUUUUGCACACACUCGUUCCUGCACUGGACUCGAGGUUCUUCCAAACAAUGAGAAACUUUUCCAUUGCAUCUGGAGACACACAAGAGGAGAUGCCACGCUGGUUGCGAUGCGUUCAGCAGACGGAGCGAGGGUUUGACACUCUGCUCAUUCAUGCAAUUAGACAAAGACAUGCACAGAAGGAGGCUGAAGAGUUGAUUCAUGAUGUUUAUUCAUCCCUCGAGAAAAAACUAACAGAUUUGAUCUGGAGGGAUGAUAGAUCAUCAGCCUUUAUUUUGAAGAAGAUAAAAUCUAUCAAUCCAAGACUCUCCGCUAAAACAAAUAACCUCAGUCAUGCAGAACUCAACCAUCUCUACGAAGAGGUGGUUUUAAAUGAGGAGGAUUUUUUUACCAACUACCUGCAGAUGCUGGUGCUGGAGCAGAAGAGCAGGAGCAGACUGCUCUCACAUGGUACACAGACUGAUGGAUUAUCUAUCACUCCAUCCAUCUCUGGAAAUGACGUCAUCAUCCCUGUUGGAAUGUUCGUGUCACCCUUCUUCCAUUCCUCAUAUCCCAGGGCAGUGAAUUAUGGCACACUGGGAUCUCUGAUUGCUAAAGAUCUUCUUCACCUUCUGCUCCCUGAUAUCCACACACAGGCCAACAAUCCAGAGUCAGAGAGCAUGUGCAUAAGGUCUCAUUAUCAGAGUGUGACCAAGGAUCCAGGACGGGUCGGCACAUUCUCUCUUUCCUCCUCUCAACAGCAGGAGGUUUGGGUGCAGUUCUCUGCUCUACAAGUGGCACUGGAUGCUUAUAAGAAGAGUUUCACAAGGCAUCCAGAAGAUUCAUCUCUGUCGGGCCUCUCUUACAUUCACCUGUUCCUCUCCUCCUUUACUAAGGUAACGUGUGAUGCUGAGUUCAUGCCCUUUGAACCUUCCUUCUUGGUGACAGUCCUGUGUUCAAACUCACGUUUCUGCCCUGAACCACUGAGCUGUGUGAAUAAAUCUCAGAAUCAUCCUAGUGAGAUGUGUCAGAGUCAAACACUGCACUGAAUCUGAGAGGAACUCUUUUCCGCUGAGACCUGUUGGAGCUAGUUUGGGACUAUUGAACCAUUAGAGCUGCUAACUGUUUAGUAAAAAAAAAAGGAGAAGGUCAAUCCAGAGAUCAUAAAUCUUUUUAUUUUCACUUGUUAAGGAAUGGGUUUAUAAAUGUAAUGUACAGGCCACAUACAUUUAAGCAAUAUUAUCACAUUUGAUAACUCAUCUACAUAACGAACAGUUAAAACCUGCUUGGUGGAUAUGAUCUCUCACAGCACUUUUUCUCACAGCAAAAUUUACCAUGUUUUUACUAUAGUGUUAAUUUUUGGAGGAAAUGUAGAC